ACCUACAUCACUGCACUGUGUUAAUAAAUCUCCAAACUCAUCUUCCCUCCAGAUAACAUGGAAAAGAAGACAUCUAAAAAAAGAGCGUACAUCAGUCUUCCAAAGAAAUACAUGGCUGCUCUUGCUGAAAAUUAUGAACUGGACCAUGGGUUGGUUAUAAAAGAGCUGAACCCCUAUGUAAAUGAAGGAUAUGUACGAGCUUACUUUAAAGACUGGGGCACCAUCACAGCGUGUAAGAUAAAGAAGAGCCCCAAUUCGGGGGGAAAUAAAGCAGUGGCCUAUGUGAGGUUUUCUACAGAGGAUGAAGCAGACAGAGCAGAAUGGGCCGGUCCUCACUACAUCGGAGGCGAUGUGGAAGUAAAACGAGUCGUUAGUCCAAAAGUGGACCAGGAUUCAGAUGAGGAAAUCUCUUCAGCCGCAGCUAUGCCUCGACGACGGAGAUCAAUGGGCCUGGGCUACAUACUGGAAGAUGCUCAGUGGUUAGAUAAUGAGAAUGACGAAUAA